UUCUCUUCACAAACUGUAAAAAAAUCUUAACACUAUGCAUAUAUACUCCUACACUUAGAAUUUAGAGAAUUUAGAACUUAAAACACCCCAUACACAACCCCCUUUUUCCUAUUUAUACAUUUCCUCAGCUCAAUUCUCAAGCUUGCCUCUCUCCCUUCAUCUCUCCCCCUCUCCUCCUCGGCCGCGACGUCGACAUGGUGAAGUUCUCGAAGGAGCUCGAGGCUCAGCUCAUUCCGGAAUGGAAGGAUGCGUUCGUCAACUACUGGCAGCUCAAAAAGCAUGUCAAGAAGAUCAAACUAUCAAGAAAACCAAAGCAUCUCUCCAACACUCCCACUAGCUAUGACUUCGGUCGGUCUAUUUUCGACCCCGUUCGAGCCCUCGCCCGAAAACUAGCUGGCGACACCGCCCAUGUCGAGGCCCGUGAAAUUAUUCAGGUCAAAAGUAGAGUUCCGACCGGAGACGGAGAAGAAGAAGACAAGGUUUAUGAAACUGAACUUGAUCAGCUAUUUUCUGAAGAACAUGAGGUUAAAGUGUUUUUCGAAAUGUUAGAUGAAGAACUUAACAAAGUGAAUCAUUUCUACAAAAGCAAAGAGACUGAGUUUCUUGAAAGAGGGGAAAUAUUGAAUAAGCAGCUCCAGAUUUUGCUUGACCUCAAGCGGCUCGUUGCCGACCGUCGUCGCAAAAAUUUUGGCGGCCAAACCGGUGGCGGAUCGGGACUUCUCUCCCGGUCCGGUUCGUCAUUGGGCAGGAACUCGGACUCAUCAGAGAGGGAUAGCGAAUAUUGCGGUAGCCCAACCGAUUCGGGAACAGACGAAGUGGUGGCUGCACUUGAGAAAAAUGGGAUAAAUUUCGUGAACUCGGCCGUGAGAGGAAAGAACAAGAAGGGGAAGCCGAAGAUGGCGAUGCGAAUCGACAUUCCGGCAAUGACGCCGACAAAGACAAUCGCAGCCGUGACGUCGAUGCUUUGGGAAGACAUAGUUAACAACCCAAAGAAAACAGCAGGGGGUGGAGAAUACAUCAACAGGAAGAAGAUUCAAUGUGCAGAGAAGAUGAUCAGAGGGGCAUUUGUGGAACUUUACAAAGGCCUUGGCUUGCUCAAAACCUAUAGUUCGCUGAAUAUGGUCGCCUUUACAAAGAUCCUCAAGAAAUUUGAUAAGGUGACUAAUCAGCAAGCUUCAGCCAGCUACCUCAAAGUAGUAAAAAGAUCUCAUUUCAUUAGCUCUGAUAAGGUGGUGAGAAAUAUGGAUGAAGUGGAGUCCUUAUUCACGCAGCACUUUGCCAACAGUGACAGAAAAAAAGCAAUGAAAUUUUUGAGACCCCAACAGCAGAAAGAUUCACACAUGGUUACCUUUUUUGUGGGGUUGUUCACGGGCACAUUUGUGACAUUAUUUAGUGUUUACGCGAUACUGGCUCAUUUGAGCGGUAUGUACACGGCUGGAACAGAAGCCACUUAUAUCGACACUGUUUACCCUAUUUUUAGCAUGUUUGCAUUGGUGAGCCUGCAUUUGUUCAUGUAUGGAUGCAACUUGUUGAUGUGGAAGAAAACAAGAAUAAACUACAACUUCAUAUUUGAAUUCCUGCCUUCCACUGCCCUCAAAUAUAGAGAUGCAUUCCUCAUAUGCACCUCUCUCAUGACCGCCGUUGUCGGCGCCAUGGUCGUCCACCUCAUCCUGCUCUCGGCCGGCUUCUCACCCCAUCAAGUCGAUAUCAUCCCCGGUAUCCUCUUGCUGAGCUGUGUUUUGCUUCUGAUCUGCCCAUUGAAUAUCUUCUAUCGCCCAACCAGAUUCUGCUUCAUCCGAGUCAUCCGCAACAUAGUCUGCUCCCCCUUUUACAAGGUUUUGAUGGUAGACUUCUUCAUGGCUGAUCAACUCACUAGUCAGAUUCCGUUGUUAAGGCAUAUGGAAUCAGCAGCAUGCUAUUUUCUAGCCGGAAGCUUCAAGACUCAUCGCUACGAGACUUGCAAGUCCGGGAAGAUGUAUAGAGAGCUCGCCUAUGUCAUCUCCUUCGCUCCCUACUACUGGAGAGCCAUGCAGUGCGCGAGGCGAUGGUUCGAUGAGAGUAACGUGGACCACCUUGCUAACCUCGGCAAGUAUGUCUCGGCAAUGGUGGCGGCCGGAGCAAGGUUGACCUACGCCAGGCAGCCCACGCAGGCAUGGAUGCUGGUGGUUUUGGUGACGUCUGUCGUGGCUACAUUGUACCAACUCUAUUGGGACUUUGUCAAGGAUUGGGGGCUUCUCAAUGCCAACUCCAAGAACCCAUGGCUCAGAGAUGACCUCUUGCUCAAGAAGAGAAGCAUUUACUAUGCAUCCAUUGGAUUGAACUGUGUCUUGAGAGUGGCAUGGGUGGAGGCUGUGAUGAAAUACAAACCCGGGGUGUUGGAGUCGCGUCUCAUCGCCUUUAUGCUCGCUUCGUUGGAAGUCAUCCGGCGCGGCCACUGGAACUACUACAGAUUGGAAAAUGAGCAUCUCAACAAUGUUGGGAAGUUUAGAGCAGUGAAGACAGUUCCUCUGCCAUUCUCUGGGAUGGAUUCUGAUGGCUGAAGUUUGCAGGAAAGUAUAUAUGUUUGAGGGAAAGAGAUGUUAAAGAAGCUACUGAAAAGAUUCAUUGAUUAAGAGGUUGUGAAUGAAGGAAUCCACAUCUGUUAAAAUCAUAUUUGACAAUGUAAAUUGAGCACUUUUUCCUAUGGGGAAAUAUCAGCAUAAAUGUAUCUUUCUAUUUUUUGCUUCAUGACUCUGUAAACUCAUCAUUUGAGUUGCCAAUAAAUCAGUUUACUGCACAAA